UGAGCGUCGCCCCCGGUUUCCACAGCAACGUCCCCCUCCUGCCCUCACUCUCGCCCUCAGGCCCCUUUCGCCCGGCGCGCCAGUUAGGAAGGGAGGAAGCAGGUGCCCCGACGGGGGUCCGGAGGGGGGGGCAACGCGUAGAGAGCGCAACUCGCUUCCCUCUUUCGCCGCUCUAGGCCUCCCGCCCUCUGUGGUGUCGCAUCCCGGAAGCGCCAACAGAGCAAAGGGGAAACGAGGAAGUGGCGGCGGCGACGUGUGCUUUGGAGCCCCGGUUUCUGGCGGGGCCCCCAAAGAGUUGGCGCUCCCGGCGGAAUCGUACGCGGCCGCGAUCAUCCCCCCUCCCUCCUUCCCUCCCUCAGCGCACGACGCAGCCCCUUCGUUCCGCCGACGUCCCAUCAUCCUCCCGGUCGCCCUCGAAUUAGGAAGCCAAACUGUCAUCCUUCUGUGCCUCGCUCCCUCCGCUCCCCGCGACCUAAUCGCCCCUUCCACCUCAAAACUCCCUCCUUUUUUCGGGAAUGGCUUCUGCCCCGUCUUCUGGUUCCAACUGGGGCCUAAUUAUGAAUAUCGUGAACAGCAUCGUGGGGGUCAGCGUGUUAACGAUGCCCUUCUGCUUUCGACAGUGUGGCAUCUUUCUGGGAGCCCUGCUGCUUGUUUUCUGCUCCUGGAUGACUCAUCAGUCCUGCAUGUUCCUGGUGAAAUCAGCCAAUCUCAGCAAGCGCAGGACCUACCCUGGGCUAGCCUUCCACGCUUAUGGAAAAUCUGGGAAAAUGCUGGUGGAAACUAGUAUGAUUGGACUGAUGCUAGGAACCUGCAUUGCUUUCUACGUUGUUAUUGGUGACUUAGGAUCAAACUUCUUUGCCCGCUUAUUGGGACUCCAGGUGAGCGGCCUGUUCCGCAUAGUCCUGCUGUUUAUUGUCUCCCUCUGCAUAGUGCUUCCACUGAGCCUCCAGAGGAACAUGAUGGCUUCCAUACAGUCCUUCAGCGCCAUGGCUCUGAUCUUUUACACAGUGUUUAUGUUUGUGAUCGUGCUCUCUGCUUUCAAGCAUGGUCUCUUUGGCGGGCAGUGGCUGCAGCGGGUCAGUUAUGCACGCUGGGAGGGCAUUUUUCGCUGCAUUCCUAUCUUUGGCAUGUCUUUCGCCUGUCAGUCACAGGUCCUGCCAACCUAUGAUAGCCUGGAUGAGCCGUCCGUCACAAGCAUGAGUUCCAUCUUUGCCUCAUCCCUUAAAGUGGUCACCUCGUUUUAUGUUAUGGUGGGGUUUUUUGGCUAUGUGAGCUACACAGAAGCCAUUGAGGGGAACGUGCUGAUGAACUUUCCCUCCAAUCUGGUAACAGAGAUGAUACGCUUUGGGUUCAUGAUGUCUGUGGCAGUUGGGUUUCCUAUGAUGAUUCUGCCAUGCCGACAAGCCUUGAAUACUCUUCUCUUUGAGCAGCAGCAAAAAGAUGGGACAUUUGCUGCAGGUGGUUACAUGCCACCUCUCCGAUUUAAAGCCUUGACCCUGGCGGUGGUGUUUGGAACCAUGGUUGGAGGUAUCAUGAUCCCAAAUGUGGAGACCAUCCUGGGUCUAACAGGUGCAACGAUGGGAAGCCUCAUCUGUUUUAUCUGUCCAGCUCUUAUUUACAAGAAAAUCCACAAGAAUGCCCUUUGCUCACAGCUCAUAUUAUGGAUCGGUUUGGGAGUCUUGCUCAUUAGCACCUACACCACCUUAUCAGCAACUCAAGAUGUACCAGCAAAAGUAGAAGUGCUGGAACCCGGAAAGCUGCCAGGAGAAAUAGAGAAAGCGUUGGACCAGGACUCUGUCCAAAUGGCAGACCAGAACCCAGCAAUAGAAGAAGUGGCUCAUAACCACGACAAGCCCAUAUUGCAGAAUGGGAAAGAAGAGGUGGAACAGCCACAGAUCAAGGUUCCCAUGGAUGUUCCCAAAAGAGAGGAGAAAGAGAAACCAAAAGAGGAGGUGCAGCUGGAUCGGCCUGACCAAGGGUUUGCACAACCCAUUGGAGAAGCCCAUCGCCACGAGCCACCAGUACCACGUGAUGAGGUAGUGGUGGAUGAAGGUCAGGACCGUGACGAGCCUGAAGACGAGCAGCCGCCCGCCAACAAGGAGGUUCUGGUGGAGGAGAGUCCUGUGUUGGGAGAUGAACAGGCAAAGCCUCAACCUGUUCCCAAACAACCCAAGGGUGAAGGCAACCAGGAAAAGCUGGAAGGCCAUCCUGUAAAAGAUGCAAAACCACUGCCAGAGUCAGAUGCUCAGGAAGAUCAACGGCCUCCAUACAAAGACCUUCAGCUGGACCAGCAGGACAAGAAGAGAGAUAAGGACGUGGGUGGGAAGGACAGUAUCAUUCUGCAGGAAAGGCUAAAGCCUGCUGAGAAGGAGAAUGACACAGGGGAGAAGAAGGAGCUGCCUCCUCCAGAAAGGCCAGAACCACCCCAAGCUGAAGAGAGAGAGAUCCGCAAUGCUGAGGAGAAUGCAGAGAGCAAACGGGAAGAAGAUGGGAAGAAGAAGCUCCUGGACCAUGCAGUCUUAUUGCAAGUCAUUAAAGAACAGCAGGUUCAGCAGAAGCAGCUCUUAGACCAGCAGGCAAAGCUGCUGGCAGUGAUUGAGGAACAGCACAAGGAGAUCCACCAGCAGAGGCAAGAGGAUGGAGGUGAAGAAAAGAUGCAGCAAGAAGUACACCAGGAGCCUGAUCUGCCUUUUGCCAAGAGUAAGGAACGAGAGGAAGCUGUUGAAAGUAAACUUGAAGAUGCUGCAAAGAAUGUAGCUAAGGAUAGACCAGAUAAUCCACUACAUGUGCUUGACAAUCAACCCCUAGACUCUGAUUGGCAGAAAAAGCAAGCCAUGGUUCAAGGAGAGCAGCAAAAUAUGAACAGCAUAUUAACAAGAGCUCCCCCUAAAAAUCCUGCAGCUCAUGUAAAUGAGGGUGAGAAAAUAGCACAGCACCAAUCUGUGAAAAACCAGGCAGAUAAGUUAGUGGAGCCAAUUAGAAGCAAUUCACAGAUAGUUCGGGCUGAAAGACAACAGCAAGAAAAGCUGGCAAAGAAUGAGAAACUAAAAGAAGGCCAGGAUACUGAGGUGGCACAAAAUGCCCAGGAAAAAAUUAAGAAUGUUCUGGAAAGAGCAAAGGUUGUGGAAGGAGGCGAAGGCCGAAGAGAGGAAUCUGAUGCAGCUAACAGCCAUGUAGAUGCUGAGAGGAGUCCUCCGAGGGUCCUUGAGAGAGUCCCAUUUGCCCAAGAGGCUAAGAAAGAAGAGACCCACCAUAAAGAGCAGCAAGAAGAUCCUUCACAUAAAGCAAAGGCUGAUGGGAAGAUACAAGAGAAUUUUGCAGUCCAAGAAGCUAUGAAGCCUGACAAAGUUGAGAAGAAGCAAUCCUUGCCUUUGGACCCGGUUGAUGGCGUGCAGGGCCAAGGGGACAGCAGUAGAGAGAAGAUGGCAGCUGAAGCUCCCAACGCACAGGUGAUUCAUGCUAAUAAGCCACGGCUGGAUUCACAGGGAGAGCCAAAGGAGCCAGAGAAAAUACGGGGGUCUGAGAGUGACCCUGUUGUGAAGCUGGAGCAGAUGCCUGCCCAGAGAGACCAAGAAAAUGCUAAACCCAAUAGAGACCUCAAGCUGCAAGCUGAUCUGGAUUUGCGCCGCAAGAGGCGAGACCUGGAGGAGGAGGAAGAAGGAGGGCCAGGAGGUGUGAUAAUUGGCCUUAAUCCCCUCCCAGAUGUGAAAGUGAAUGACCUACGGAGUGCACUGGAGACUCGGUUAAAUCAGGCAGCAGAAGGUGUUCAGCAAGCUCUUCAUAGUCGGCAGAUUAAACAGAUCACAGAGGAAGAGGUGUGACAGAGCGCAGACCAUAGGACCAUUGGGAACCAGUGUAAGAGGCUGCCAGCAAUUUGGGGAAGAGCCUUAUUGACCUAAUUGCAAUUAUGUAACUUUGGGUAGUCCAGAUCCAGUGGGUGCUGAUGCCUGGGGAUAUAUGUUGAGCUGCAUAUGCUCUAGGAGGAGGUUGAAGCCCCAGUGCUGCCAGCCAGUUUCAUACUUCAGUGCUGUAACACACGGUUUCUUCUCCUUGUACUGGUGCCUAACCUGCGACAACCAGUUCACCCAGCCUCCAGGUUCUGGAUAGUGUGUUACGCCUGCCACAUUUCCAAAGAAGCAUUUGCAUUUUAUUCUUACUCAGUUGCCUUGAAAUUACUUGCUUUAGUUUCUGUGUUUGAAGUUGGAAUCUGUUCUCAUGCUUUGUUAUCUGAUCUGGUUGGAAGCUGCCUCUCUGUGUUUGUGUGUGUUCUUAACCCUUAUAUUAAUGCUGGAUUCUUGUUUUGCUCUGUCUAUCCUCUGGGGAUUGGGUACAUCUGACUUCAGAAAUGGUAGCAAGAGGGUGAAAGAAUUUCCACUAAGUGUUCAAUAUGGGAAGACAUUCCAUGCUAGGGAUAAAUUCUUGAGAAUGCAGGGAUAGUUAGUAUUGAAUGCAUUCUUAAACAGAGCCAAGCUGCUGUUUUGAUCUUCAGUCACAGGCGCACAUUAGCAAUAAUAAAGACUCAUCCUGCCUUUGUUCCUCUUGGCUAUAAAAGCCUAGGUUUAUGCUUCUAAACCAUUCCUAUCUCAAGUGCAUCCUAGAACUAUACUGUACUUGAAAACUCUACCCAUCACUUGCUGCAAGAGGAAGCAACGCUAGAAGGUCAAAUGAAGGAAUUUCAAGGAGGCAUUACCCAUGUAGGACAGCUUGCAUCUACCUCUUUUCUCCUCUUGGCAAGUGUGUGCAUCAUUUAACCGUUUUUUCAGAUGUGUGCAAAAGCAUGUAGUUCAGAUUUAUGAGUUGCAGUUUGCAUGCUUCCUUGGUCAGAGUUGCUUUGUUUCAGGCCAUCUGAUGGGGUUUGAAUCUUUUCCCAUUAACAACUGGUAUGGCAAAGCAAAGACCCCUUUGACUCUUGACUGCAACUGUCAUUCAGAGGUAUUUCUGUUAAAGAUUCUCCAGGCUGCAAAAAUAAUGGAAUUUGGUACAGUGAGAGCCUUUUGCUGGAAAGGCAGAAAUGUAUGAGCCUGUAAACUCACCCCUUCUUUCAUAUCAGUCCAUAUUGAGAACUUGUUGGAUCAGAAAACAGAAAUGGUGUAGUACUGAAUAAGCUUCUGGGGUAACCUCCUCAAUGGUGUGUGUAUCUCACAUGUUUUUGGACUGCAGCUCCCAAAAUCCACAUUGAGGAAGAUUAGAGUUCUGGUCCCAGCAUAUCUGAGGGCUGGACAAGUGGGAAAGGUGCCUGGAAGCGCUAGCCCAUCCUGUUAAAUGGAACAGAGUGGAAUGCUGUUUCUGCCAUAUCUUGCCUACAAAAUGUGUUUGAAAGUAUCUCUACUCCAAGAAGACAGACAAAUGUGGCUGGUUCCACUUGCCUGCUUUGAUGGGCAUGUUUGCCUUGGCACACAGAAGACUGUCGCUAUAGCCUUAAUCUUUAAGAGCCUUGUGAACCUGCUUUGCACAUCACCCUAUGCCCGAGGCUAAUGUGGCAAGAAAAGGCCACUGGGAGCCUUGGUCUUGGACAUGCUCCUCACUUCAGAACAAUAGACAGGAGCUCAGGAGCUUCUCUUCUGUUUUGGCAUAACUGCAACUUGUCAUGUCGUCCAAAUCAGCAAAUUGUUGGUUAGUGUUAUCUAUGGUUGGUUUGAAACAAACCUUAACAUUAAGCAAUAGUUUGUUGGUUCAGAUAACAAGUGGCUAAGCAAGAACUGAUACCAAAGCUGCUGUGCUUUCUGUGUGUCACUCAAGAGGAGACUCUGUGAGUCCAAAACUCAUUGCAACUCAUCAAGUAAAACAAUGGUGUCAUACAUCUGUUCUCGAUUUGGGUUGGACUGCAACUCCCAGCUUGAUUUUGGACACAGAUGAUGGGGAAGGGGUCCCGCCACAUCUAGUUUGGGGAAAGAUGGGGGCAGCAUGUUAUUGAGUGGUGCUGUUCAAAACACAGUGAACCUACAACUAAAGUUACGAUCACUUUAGUCCCAAAAUAAACACAACUUUGUCAUGCA